AUGCUGAGCCAUUUCUUUGUGCCGCUCGGAACCAAAUCCCGCGCUGCCGUACUGGGGGCUACCUGUUUGACACUCGGCUUUGUCCUUGCACCCUAUUUCCGACAGGCGAACAAGACGGGAGUCUUUAAGCGCUCACCAAAGUCAACGCUGCUGAACGGCCUGUCAGAGAGAGAGCUUGCGGCCUUGCCGUAUCCGCCGGGUGUCCUGCCGGGCGGCAGGGAUGUCUCAACACCGUAUGGCUCGAUCCGGGUGUACGAGUGGGGUCCCGAAGACGGAGAGAAGGUUUUGUUCUUGCACGGCAUAAGCACUCCAGUUAUAUCGCUAGGGGACUUGGCCCACGAGCUCUCUGGCAAGGGCUACCGGGUCAUGCUCUUCGAUCUCUUUGGUCGCGGAUACUCUGAUGCACCUUCUGAUCUGACUUAUGAUGCGAGAUUGUACGUCACCCAGAUCCUACUAGUCCUGGCCUCCUCGCCGAUCUCAUGGUCGAAAUUCCACCUGGUCGGCUAUUCCUUAGGUGGCUGUCUUGCUGUAUCCUUCGCACGCUACUACCCACAUCUCCUUGUAUCCCUUACAUCCAUAGCCGGCGGCGGGUUGAUUCGCCCACACCACGUAGGCUGGCAGAGUAAGCUGCUGUACAACUCCGGAAUCCUCCCUGAAUGGGCCGUCAGAUAUCUCGUGAGGAGGCGAAUACGACCGUCCGCAGCACCGCCAAGAGCCGCUGGAGGUACCGACAUCAUGGCUGCGGAGAGCAAGAUGCAACCGGGAAAUGGUGAUGCCAGCGGUGGUAAUGGGUUUGACAGUGCUUCGAUAUCUCGAUAUCGUCCCGGGGUCAAGGUUUCGUCUGUCGUAACGUGGCAGAUUGACCAUCACGAAGGGUUUAUCAAUGCGUUCCUGAGCACAAUUCGGAACGCGCCUAUCUACAGCCCGCAACAAGACUGGGCGGCUCUGAGCUCGAUAUUGCGGGAGAGAAGACAGGCCAAGGACAGCCUUCUGCCACAGGGCCUAGAAAGGGGAAAGAUCCUCCUGAUUCUUGGCAAGGAUGACCCAGUUGUGGUUCCAUCGGAGACUAUAGACGACGCUGAGAAGGCAUUGGGUAAAGACGGCGUUCAAGCAGUGAUUCUUCCUGCUGGCCACGAGUUGCCCAUAACCCUGAGCAUCGAAGUGGCAAACUGCAUAGAUUCAUUCGCGGUAAAGAGGCAUUGA